ACUAUUUUUUAUGUAUGUUGGUAUCUGCUGACGCCAACCUCAAAAUUGUCUUCCGCCUGGGUAUUUUUAUUCCUUUUUUAUUGCAGAACUAUAAAUAUUGAAAAAAAAAGUAUUAAAAAUAUUGUAAAUAUUCAGUAAAUAAUAUUAAAAGAAUGUUUAUUUGCCAAUAAGUAAUUAAUCAGUAGUAUUUGCCCUCUUUUAUUAAAUCAGUGGUACCACAAUAAGAAACACGCAGAAUAAUUUCGUACGCAGUCGGUGAUAUUUACAACUAAUAUUUUGCUACUGUUUUGACAAAUAGAGGGCAAAAGACUUUAUUUAAUGGUUGUGAGACUCGUAUUUAUGAAAUAAUUGCGGUAUGAUUUAAAUCAUGUGUUAAUAUAUGGUUAAUUAUGUAUUAGCGGUUCCGCUCUGUUACAGUGACUUCUUGACAAAAUAUGGUCGUGCAUUUUGCAUAAAAAGAUAAGUGGAGAUGAGUGAACAGAGUGAAGUUAAAUAUUUAGAUGGAGAGAUAGUUUGGGUGAAAUUGGGCUCAUGCUGGUGGCCCAGUGAAGUAGUGGCCCCAGAGAAGCUUCCAUCCGACUUGUUGUCUUCUUUUCGGAAGCCUCCUAUAGCUAUCGUGAAAUUCUUCCAGGAGGACGCAUAUGAAUAUGUGAAGAACGAGAAUUCUAUCUCCAAAUAUGAAUGUAGCCGGAAAAUUGAUUUUAUCAAAAAAGGACUUUAUAUGUAUAGAACUAAACAUGGUCUAAUGGAAAAAUUCCCUGAUGAUGUAAUUCAUGCUGAAACAUCUGUGGGAGGUGACCCAGACAUCCUCUCCAGGGAAGAAUUUCAAGAACCGAAAAGGCAAAGCUAUGCUGGGCUCUUUGGCGAUCCUAGGAAGACACCUAGCUCUGUGAAGAAAGGUAAGAGCGGAAAAAGCAGACAAAAUGAAUCUCUGCAAAACUUCACACCUACAAGAAAGAUGAAAGAAAAAACAGAUUACAAAGUACACAUUUUAGUACAAGGUUCAAAAACACCUUGUACUGAGACCACUCAGGAUAUUUCAUCAACGCCUUCUACAAGUGGAAUUAAUGCUGAGAAUAACACAUUAGAAGCUAAAACUGAACAUGAAAAUGAGGAAACUCAGAAUGUUGAGAAACCAGUUUCUUCGAACUUUUCCACGCCGCUACCGUCUAGUUCCGGAAUAUAUGCAUGUCAUGCUUGUCCAUUUACAACAACGCGUUUGAAUGUAUUAAUUCUACACAACAAAACUCAUAGUCUUUCUUUUAUGCCAUAUACACCAUCACCUGUUCGUAAAAAGACCCUGACAAAAAAACCAAAAUCAUCUGUCAAGAACUCCGAAACCCGCAAGUCACGAAUUCUGAAGGCCGAUAAAGCAGUCAAGAAAGUAUCAGAAGUAAAAAAACGACCAGCCGAUGAAGUUUCUGUGACUAUUGAAGAAAUUAAAAAGACGAAAACUGAUGAAGAAAUCAAGAGCAGCUUAUUAGCAGAUUGGGAUGAUAUUGAUGAAGACUCAAAUGAUGAGUCCUCAACAAUAGUGAUGACAGGAUCACCUGAAGUUGGAGUGGCAGUCGAGUCUCCUGCAGUUCCUACGCCAGCAGAAGUACCGAGUGCUCAGGUCCCUGCCGAUGUAGUCGUGAUUGUCGAAAAGAAAUCCGAUGACUCCCCUAUAACUGAAAAAGCUGAGAGUUCAAGUGACUCAAAAUACGAAUUUUGUGAAGAUGAAGACUGGACAAUUGAAACAGAUGCUGGUAGGAAAAUACCAAGAGUAAAAAAUCCGAAACGGAAAGAUGAGGCAAAAAGCUUGGACGAAGAUGAGGUUGCUAGAGAAGUAGCUGAUAUACUAAGUAAGACCAACGUCCCAGAGCUACCGUCCGUUCCGGAACCUUUAAAAGCGGAGGAAAAUUUUCCUGAACCUCCAGUUGUUAAGUCACCAGAUAAAAGUCGUGACAAUUUCCCAGAGAAACCAGCUGAGAAUCCUGUGAUUGAUCCUAUACCAACUAAAGCUAUUUUCAAAACGAAAACAUUUUUUCGUAGUCGACACUCUAGAAGCCAAGACGCCAUCGGGAAAUAUGUAGCAGAGCAGUUAAAUGCAGUUGAAAGGAUGGACAUAUCUGAAAGUGAAAUUAAUGGAUCUGAUGCCGUUUCCUCUCCGGAAGCAAGGGAUUCACCACCUAUAGAACCGGUGAAAGUAGCACGCUUAGCACCGAAAAUACAACUAAAGAAAAUGAAGGCAGAGGCGGCGCAAUUACGCGAAAAAGAAAAGAAUGCAGAAAUCUCUGAGUGUUUUACAGACGACAACCAAUUUGGCGAUUACAUGUCAAAAGCAACAGAAUCUAUGGACAUUGAUAAAACCGCAGGAGUGACCCUACCUAAAAAUGUUUCCGUAAAAACAACAACAAUGGAUGUGUUGUAUCCAACACAAGAAAUCAAACCAAUAAAUGCUGAUACACCUGAUAUAAGAUCUCCCAUAAAGAUAAAUAAAGUUGAGCGACACCCUGAAAUAACAACUGAACCCAGAAAGACGGAUAAUAAUUCUGUAGAAAACCAAGUGCUGAAUCAGGAAAAAGCUGAAAUUUCCAUUUCUAAACCUCGCCCAGAAAUUAUUGAAAAAAUAGUCACACCUAAAAAAAUAUAUGAGCCACGAUACAUGAAUGAGUCGACGGCUUCAGCAGUAGAUGCUUUAUUGAGCGUAUCACGAGAGGCGGAUCGUGUGACGCGCGUCAUCAGUAACGAUCCACCCGAAGAUUUAUUCGAAGAUGAUAAUAAAGAUAGCUUAAACAUCAACGGUAAUUAUUUACAAAAUAUGGAAUACGAUAAUGGUAAUAGUGACCGAGUAAACGAGCCCAUAACAACUAUUGAAAAAGAUAAAGCAGAACUGGAAAAAAUCAUCGAUAAUAAUAUCAUUCAGACACGUAUCUGUAGCGACGAAUCGACACAGCCUAGUACUUUGAGUAAAAUGCAAAUUGACGACACUAAUCAAGAUAUUGAAAGCAACGAUGGAUCGGUAAAAGAGGUUGAUGUACCAAUGAACCAUACUGUCAUGCCAAUAGAGACGGUGCCAUCAGAAUCUGAUCUGCAAAUUGCCGAGACUCUUAUCAAUCUCCCGUCAACAGCAAUUCAGUCAAAACCCAACGAACACCACGAGAAUCUUACAAUGCAACUCGCAAUCGAAACUGAAAAGGAUCAUCAAAUAAUAUUAAAAUCAAACGAAAAUGUACCUUCUGAGCAGGUCUCGCCUAGUUUAGGGGCGAAAAGUUUUUCAACAGAAAUUGUGCCCAUGAAAGACUCUAUAACUGCAACUGGUAAUGGCAAUGUUAACUAUCGUUACGAAACUGAGCAAGAAAAAAGCGAAAACUUGAAUGCUGCCAAAUCAUUAGUACAGAUGUCAGAAACUAUAGAUCAUCAAAUAAAUAUUAUUGAAUCGAAUCAAAAUAGUGAUAAGAAAAUGUCUAACACAAAAGCAUUCAAAAUUGAAGACCAAAGUUUUGAUAGUGUCAUAGAACAAAAAGUGUCGUUAUUGUCAAACAGUGACAACAACAAUGAACCAAACAUCAGUAUGAAUGCUAAAAUAGAAACAGCGACGCCUAAAUUGUUGAAAAUUUUAGAAAAACCAUGCCUACCAAAAGUGUCUCCAUCCAGUUCAAAGCAAAUAAUACUACCGAGGAAAGAAAAUAUCCUUAAUUUUGAUGUUGCCAAAUCGGCAUUAAAAGGAAAGGCACAAUCUACAAAACAAAAAAUUAUAAUCCGACGAACCACUCCGAACAAAAACGUUAUUAACAAUAUGACUUCUGAAAUUUCUACAUCGUCGGACAAGAUUAUACUAUCCAGAACUAACAAUCCUGCGCAAGACCCUUCGUCGGUACAGACGUACACUAUUAAAACAUCACCAGAGGUUUCGUCGGACGCUAACACGAUAAUAAUACAGCAAAAAAUUAGAAAAGUAGCCAAGCCACCUGCGAAACUUCAGAAAAUAAGACCUCAGAAUUCUUUGAUAGUGCCUAUGAAUGAGAAGAAGACCCUGAAUAACUCAACACCAACCGACGAUACUAUGUUCGAUAUUAAUUCGAUGCCUAUCGUUUUGUCUGAAGAUUUGUUAACGGCAGAGAAUAUCGAAAAAAUGCCCGUAGUCAUGUCCGGCAACAGUACAGUUUCGAAUCCAUCCAAAUUGAUUAAAACGAAAAUUACAUCCGAGGCAAAUGAUAAAGUGCCGAUUAGUGCGACACCUACUAAACCUGAAGUAAAAACUUUACUUAUGAACCCCGUCAGUGAAGUUAAUAAAGUUACAACUCCUAACAUCCUUUCUAAAUCAUCUAAAUUGCGAGGUGCUAAACCUAUGCUGGUAAUAGAUAAAACCACUGGGAAACAAAAGAUUAUAAUGACAAAACCUGAAACUACUGUCAAAGAAACAAAGCAGGCUCCUACGGUGGUCCAAUCUGCUCAGGGUGGAAAAACUGAAAAAUUCAUUAUUCUACCAACACCGAAUUCUCCGCGGCCGAGUCGGACCCAAAAAAUUGUAAUCGAUCCCCAAACUGGGAAGACUCACGUGCUUGUUUCGAAGGGACCAGAAACAACUGGCAAUCCUGUCGAUAAUAAGCCGGUUUCUGCUAAAUUGUUGCCGUCAUCAACCGAUGCCACUACACCGGGCAAUACCGUUAUGAUCAUCACCAAUGCUCAGGGAGCACAAUCUAGAAUACUACUGACACCAGAACAUGAAAAAAUUUUAUUCCCAAAUAAACAACAACCAAACGUUUCCCAAUUAAAAAGUAUAGCUCAUCGCCUAACAUCUAAUACGAAUACGCAGAAAACUGUAACCACGAUUGCUACCACAGUAAAAGCUCAACCUCAAUCUGCUGCAGUUCAAAAAACUCAAACUAGGAUCGUGCCAAAACAGAAAAGUACGAUCAUAACUUCUAAAGGUCAACUCAUCGUUGGGGGUCGAGUUUCUACUACUGCACACAAUAUAGCUCCCAUGCCUGAAAUACGACCUGCCCCGAAACGAAUAGUCACAUCCGAACCAAAAAAAAUAGUUCAGACAAUACAUAAAACUACCACUGAACCCCUAAUAUUUCUGCAACAAAAAUCCGGUACAAUGAUGCAAUUAACCGCAGCGCAAUUCGAACAUCUACAAAAAACGGGUCAAAUAGUGCAGAAGCCUGCCACGCCGGCCCAAGAAAAGAAAAUUUUAAUUCAAAAGUCAAUUACAAUACCACAAAACGAAACUGCAGUCACUCAAAUUCAAAAAUCAAGAGCUAGGAAACAAAUUACCGAGUCUCCAGCGCCGUUAAAGAAAAUUAAACAGGAGAUAGCGAUCGCACCGGCUCCCUCGCCGAACUCGGUGCCGAUGCCGGUUCUGGCUCCCCUUUCGUCUGGCCCUUCAGUGGCUUCGACCACAGCAAAUGCUUUUCCGCAAACCACUUCAACGUAUACCGAAUAUGAAAAUUUCGAGGAACUCUUACCUUCUACCGCAAUAGCAAAGCAAGUCGAGAGUGUGGUAUCGCAACCAGAACAGGCCACUGCGCCGCUACCGGCUCCCCUCGCCGACAGUCACCUGUUGGCGGUGCCCGGAGAACCAUUCGGAGGACCGCCUGGUUCUUUUUACUUAUGCGUUGAAGAUAAUGGCACUCUUACGCCUAUCGACAAUCGGCCAUUGAUUUUAGAAAACAAUCAGCUUGUCCCCAUGGCGGUGGAGCCUUUACAAGUAAUCGCUCCUCAACCUGAGCGCAGAGAUAUCUUGGAAGCGGCCCUGGCGAAUAGUGACGUGUUUCACGCAGACACACCUCGGGACGACGCGCCCGAUUUUAGGGACUUGAAUGCUAACGUUUCGGUUCAUUGUCGCGUAUCAGAGACUAGUAGCACCUUAAAUCAACCAAUAAUGACGCCGGUCGAGAUGCCAACAAAGGCAGACAGCGAGCCGACCGUACCGUCGAAUUUAGAAGACGGCUUAGCGGUCAUCGGCGUGACCCCGCACACAGUGCCUACCUCCUUAGAACUACCGAUAACGGUCACCGAUCCCAGAAUAGCCCCCAAGAUGACGGAUCCGUUAAGCAGCAAUAAUUACGGAACAACACUCUUAACGUCGCCCAACACAGAAAUGACGUUCGUAUCUACAGAGGAAUCCACGACUCCAAUGACCGCUACUAUGUCAAUGCCUUUAUUAAACGAAGACGAUUCCGUCGGGAAAUCGAUGCCGAUUUUAACCGAUGACAUCGCGGAGAAAACUAUUUCGUCAGUAGAAUCGAACGCUGCAUCUCCGUCGUCGGGGGGAGGCCGCGAGGCGGAGAGUGAGGACAGCGCGCAAUGGACACGACGCCUAUUCACGCCUGGCUCCGAUAUCUCAGAGACGUCUGCUGAAAUACCAUUACAACCCUCACUUCAGUUGUCUGUUAACGAGGCGUCCCGCCAAUGCUAAACGGUUGGAUACGACAGUUGUGAUCGAGUCAUUAUAUUUUGCAAUUAAUUAUUAUAGAAAGAAAGACUAUUACAUUAUAAAAGAGUUCUGUGCAAUAGAUGUCUAAUGAAUGGUAUGCUGCCUUUUAAGUCUUAAAAAUUAUGAAUGUUUUCAUUUGUUAGAUUAGGUAAUGAGGUUCGUUGUCAAUGGUGCCCGAAUAUCUAGGAUGUAGACUGCGUGCGUUUGAAACGUGCGCAUCAUCGGAGAUUGUAAAUAUAAAGUAAGAAUGUGGUUUUAGAUCGUGUCUCAUUUCGUGUUUGGAAAAGAAAAACAAAAUAUGAGUUCUCUGCUUUCACAGCAUUCAAUAUAUAAAAUAUAGGUUUUAAGAAUUUACAAAUGUAAAUUAAAUUGAUUUAUGAUAUUGUUGAAAUCAUAUGUGUAAUAUAUAAAAUUAGUUGAAUAGUAUUUUUGUAAUUUCUAUCCAGUUCGAAGUGUUAAAAGCAGCAUGGACUAUGAUAAUAAUUAAAGUGAUGCUGUCUCGUGAUUGAGAAUGAUGCAGUCGUAGGCGGUGGGACGCCUGAAACUGGUCGUCGAGUCGGUAACAUACUGAAUGAAAUGACUAAUAUCAUAGCGUUAAUGUUAAUAUUAAGUACAAUAAAUUACAUACUGUUAUAAUUAUUUUUAAAAAAAACGUCAGAGCACUUUGAUUUUGUGAGUGAUCUAUGUCUGGAUUUAGGACCGGUCUAUGAGAAGAAUGUAGGAUAUACUUCUGCGUAUGUAUGUAGUUUUUAUUAAAUAAAAUUUUAAUUAAUCA